UACGCGAGGCAAAGACAUAUCGGAAGUCGAGUCCGCUCUUCCUCUUCGAUAAACCCAAUAUUUUGCAAUAAAAUAAAUUAGUUUUUAAAACUAAGGCAGCGAGCAUUUUGCAGCCGAAAGCGAGUCACAGUUUUGAGCGUAAUUCGGUAUUUCGGUGCGGCACGCGGCAGCGCAAUUGGCGACCAACCGAUUUGGGUCGCCCACCUAUUGUUGUUGUGUUGUGCUUGUGCUUUCUGUUUUCCCUUUUCCGCUUUUCGUUUUUCGCCUUUCGUUCUGUGUAUCUGUGUGUUCUCGUUCUCCACAUUCGCAUUCGGUUCAGUUUGAGUUCACCAAUCCAAUCGCAAUUGCAACAACAACAACGGCCAACUGAUGAGUCUCAAUUGUUUUCAUUAACGCUACGAAAGUCGCCCCCUUCCAGUCCAGUUUCCAGUCACCCUACCCGCCCCUUUUGGCCACACCCACCCCCCGAACCGCCACCCGUCGAAAUGGCCAGCAACAGCAGCAGCAACAGUUUUGGGGGCGUGGCAGGCGUGAACGGGGAUCUGUGGCGCGAAUGCGUCGCCUGGCUAACCAGGUGCAAGGUCAUCCCGCCCGACCACAAGGCCGCCCAGGCGGACGCGGAGAUCCGCAUCCUGGCGAUGACCCUGCGCGACGGAGUGCUGCUCUGCAACCUGGUCAUCCACCUGGACCCCAGCAGCAUGGAUCCGCGCGAGUUCAAUCGCAAGCCACAAAUGGCACAGUUCCUGUGCAGCAAGAACAUCAAGCUGUUCCUGGACGUGUGCCACAACAACUUCGGGAUCCGCGACGCCGAUCUCUUCGAGCCGACGAUGCUGUACGACCUGACCAACUUCCACCGCGUCCUCAUCACGCUCUCCAAAUUGUCGCAGUGCCGCAAGGUGCAGCAAAUGCAUCCGGAUCUUGUUGGCUUCAAUCUGCAGCUGUCGCCCAGUGAACGUUCCCAUUCGGACGAGGCCAUCUACAAGGACCUGCAUUCCACGGAUCUGAGCAUGCGGAAAGCGAGCAGCAUUGAUGCCGCCUCCGCCUCCUCGUCGGCGGAAUACUACGAUCGAACCUCGCAGAGCGGAUCGCUGGACGAGAAUAGCGACAUCACCAUCGAGAAUGGCACCGAGGACACCGACGACUACAUCGAGGAUUCGCUCUCCAAUAUGUGCGAUUCGACCAUUGAGAACGAUUUGCUGGAGGAUGCGGGCGUGGAGACGCCUUUGCUGGCCGAUUGCGAUGGUGGCAGUUUGCGAGCGCUCUCCUUUGAUCUCACCCUGGAUGUGGUUAACUCGGAUGCCUCCAAUGCGGUCACACCCACGCCGGAAUCCUAUGCUGCCGCUUUGGGUGACACCGCACCAACAGCAGCAGCGGCAGCGGCGGCGUCGGGCAUUCCACCCAUGGGCCGCCUGGUGUCCACCACCUCCUCCUCGUCGUCGUCGCUUUUGGUCAGCGAGAGCCAGCGACUGCAGAAGGCGGCCGCAGCCGUCUACAAUUACCGAUCCUCGAUGGCGUCCACCGAGCACGAGUAUGCCUACAUCUACAGCGAGGAUGAUGAGAAGGUCUACGAGGACCUGUGCUACGUCACCUUCCAGGCGAAGGCCAAAAAACCCGAGGUUACCACCGACAAUAUUGCAUGCAAUGGAACCGGUUACGACCACACAAACACGAAAGAGGAGGAGGUCUACCAAGAUCUGUGUGCGCUGCACAGGACGAGUAGAAGCCAGACCGCCUCGUCGACGAGCUUCGAGCAGCGCGACUACGUCAUCCGGGAGCUAAUCGACACGGAGUCUAACUAUCUGGACGUGCUCACCGCCCUGAAGACCAAGUUCAUGGCUCCGCUGGAGCGGCAUCUCAAUCAGGACGAGCUGCGUCUCAUAUUCCCGCGCAUUCGAGAACUGGCCGACAUUCACACAAAGUUCCUGGACAAGCUGCGCGAAUCGCUGACGCCGAAUGCCAAAAUGAAAAUGGCCCAGGUCUUCCUCGAGUUCCGCGAGCCCUUCCUCAUCUACGGCGAAUACUGCUCCUGCCUGCUGGGCGCCAUCGACUAUCUGGCGGAUGUGUGCAAGAAGAACCAGAUAAUCGACCAGCUGGUGCAGAAAUGCGAGCGGGACUACAAUGUGGGCAAGCUGCAGCUGCGCGACAUCCUCUCGGUGCCGAUGCAGCGCAUCCUCAAGUACCAUUUGCUGCUGGACAAGCUGGUGAAGGAGACGUCGCCGCUGCACGACGACUACCGAUCGCUGGAGCGGGCCAAGGAGGCCAUGAUCGAUGUGUCGCAGUAUAUCAACGAGGUGAAGCGCGACUCCGACCAUCUGGUCAUCAUACAGAAGGUGAAGGACAGCAUUUUCGAUCUGAAUCUGCUGCAGAAUGGCAACGGCAGCGAUUUGCUGCAGUACGGACGCCUUCUCCUCGACGGCGAGCUGCACAUCAAGGCGCACGAGGAUCAGAAGACCAAGCUGCGCUACGCCUUCGUCUUCGACAAGAUCCUCAUCAUGGUGAAGGCGCUGCACAUCAAGACAGGCGACAUGCAGUACACGUACCGCGACUCGCACAACCUGGCCGACUAUCGGGUGGAGCAGAGCCAUUCGCGCCGGACUCUGGGCAGGGAUACGCGCUUCAAGUACCAGCUGCUGCUGGCCCGCAAAUCGGGCAAAACGGCCUUCACAUUGUACCUCAAGUCGGAGCACGAACGGGAUAAGUGGCGCAAGGCCCUCACCGAAGCCAUGGAAAGCCUGGAACCGCCCGGCUGCCGGAGUACCGACCACAAAAUGGAGAUCUACACCUUCGAUGCGCCGACGACGUGCCGCCACUGCUCGAAAUUCCUCAAGGGCCGCAUCCACCAGGGCUAUCGGUGCAAGGUGUGCCAGAUAAGCGUGCACAAGGGCUGCAUCUCGUCGACGGGGCGCUGCAAACAGAAUCCGGUUAGCGUGCCGCCGCCCGUCUGCGAUCGUCAGCUGUCCGAGUUUAACUGGUUUGCGGGCAACAUGGACCGGGAGACGGCGGCCCAUCGGCUGGAGAACCGUCGCAUAGGCACCUAUCUGCUGCGCGUUCGACCCCAGGGACCGUCCACCGCCCACGAGACGAUGUACGCGCUUAGCCUGAAAACCGAUGAUCAUGUCAUUAAGCACAUGAAAAUCAACCAGGAGAACUCCGGCGAUUCCAUGCUCUAUUGCCUGUCCUCGCGCAGGCAUUUCAAGACCAUUGUCGAGCUGGUUUCCUACUACGAACGCAACGAUCUGGGGGAGAACUUUGCGGGGCUCAAUCAGUCACUGCAGUGGCCCUACAAGGAGGUGAUCGCCACCGCUCUCUAUGAUUACGAGCCAAAGGCCGGCAGCAAUCAGCUGCAGCUGCGCACCGACUGCCAGGUGCUGGUCAUUGGCAAGGAUGGCGACAGCAAGGGCUGGUGGCGCGGCAAAAUAGGCGACACGGUGGGCUACUUCCCCAAGGAGUACGUGCAGGAGCAGAAACUGGCCAGCGAAGAGCUUUGAUAUUACAAUUACGAGGUUUACUUUGCACCCAAGGCCAUUACGCCCGCAACGGCAGCCAUUGCUGAGUCGCCAGGAGGAGCUGA